UUGUUAGAAUCUAUAUCUAUACUUCUAAGGGCGUCAGUUAUCGCGGUAUUUAAAAGCAAUUUACACACUUUUCGCAACCUUUAUUUCUAAUAAAUAUUAAUCUGUGUUAAUAGUGUAAUUUUAUCAAAAUGCAGUGGCAUACUACUGAAGAUGGUAAAUACAGAAUAGAAUCUCUGUCUGCUGCAACGUUUCCUGGUGCAUUAAAAGUACUUAAAGACUACUUUUUGAAAGAUGAAGCUGUUUGUAUCGGUAUAGCUAUAGAUCAAGAUCCUGUAGCACAAGAAGAGUUGUUAGAACUAUGCGCAGACGCAGCGUUGGACGGCUUAUCAGUUGUAGCCGUUGAUAAUGACAGCGGAGAAGUGGUCUCUGUGGUUUUCAAUAAAUUGCAGGAAAAACCUUCGGAGGCAUCUGGGAAGUCAUUUUUCGAGAUAUUCACCGAGGAACGAUGCAAACGACCAUCGUCUCGCGAAAUGAUGGAUUUCAUGGUAGAUCUUGACGCAAGAUGUAACUUUUUUGAGAGGUACGGCGUCGAUUGUUGUUCCGAACUGAUGUUCUUAGGGACCCACCGUGCACAUCGACAGAAAGGCCUGGCGAAAUUGGUCUGCAAAACCUCGAUGGAGCUGGCUAAGAAACUAAAAGACGGUCCGGUAGCUCCUAUGACAACUGAAGACCUAGGACCGAAGUACUCGUUUAUGAAGCCAAGUAAACCUGUGAAGAAGCCACCGCAACUGUGCCAUGCAUUGUGGUCAGCAGUUGGGUCUAAGAAAGUCGGCCAAGAUUUGGGCUUCGAAGUUAUCAUAGAUGUCCCAUUAAAAGAAUUUGUUUUUGACGGGAAACCUUAUUCGGAGAGAAUUGGUGCUGAAACCACUUGUGAAGGGGCUGCAAUAAGGAUUGAUUAGUCGGGGAAACAGAGUAGUUAAUACGUAUUUUUCAGUUAUUUGCAUAAUUUUAUCCUGUAUUACCGGUUUAUCUAGUUUGUUAAUCUAAAAAAUGUCUAGAAAAAUAUAAAUAAAAUGUUAUUCUAUA